AUGUCAGAUUCGAACACAACCGAAUUCACUAACCCCUCCACCUUCAUCCUCUUUGGCAUUCCUGGCCUAGCGGCAGCCCAUAUCUGGAUCUCCAUUCCUUUUUGUGCUAUGUAUGCCAUAGCCAUGUUGGGGAACUUCACUAUCCUGUUCGUCAUGAAGAGGGAGCCGAGACUCCAAGAGCCCAUGUUCUAUUUCCUCUGCAUGCUGGCCGUCACUGACUUGGUCAUCUCUACAUCCACUGUACCCAAAAUGCUGAGCAUCUUCUGGUUCAAUUCCAGGGAGAUCAGUUUCAAUGCCUGCCUCACCCAGAUGUACUUCAUUCACUGCUUCUCAGCGAUGGAAUCUGGAAUCCUCUUGGCCAUGGCUUUUGAUCGCUACGUGGCCAUCUGCCAUCCCCUGAGACAUUCCAUGACCUUGACAAACUCUGUUGUAACCAAGAUAGGCCUGGCCGUGGUGAUGCGCAGUGGCAUACUCACAUUACCCUAUCCCUUCGUGGCGAGGCAGUGGCCAUAUUGCAGAAGCAACAUCAUCCUUCACUCCUAUUGUCGGCAUUUAGCAGUGGUGAAUCUGGCCUGUGCUGACAUCCGCAUUAGUAGUUACUAUGGCCUGUUUAAUCUUUUCUCUGGGAUCGGAAUGGAUGUGUUUUUUAUUGCAGUGUCCUACACUCAGAUCCUCCGGGCCAUCUUCCGCCUUCCCACAAAGGAUGUCCAGCUCAAAACUUUUGGGACCUGCAUCUCUCAUCUUUGUGCCAUCUUAGCUUUGUACAUUCCAAUGUUCUUCUCCUCUAUCACGCAGCGGUUUAGUGAAAAUGUGCCAGUGCAUUUACGCGUUCUCAUUGCCAGUGUGUACCUGCUGGUGCCCCCCGUGCUACACCCCAUCAUUUAUGGGGUGAGGACCAAACAGAUCCGGGGCAGGCUGCUCCAGCUCUUUACACAUAAAGAGACCUAA